AUGGCCAUUCUUCUCAUUACCAAGACGCCAGGAACUCCUAAAGACCAUGGUGAUGAGAAGCAAGUAACAGCUGCUGUGCAAAGGUCAUUAGACAAUUUAGGUACCAGUUACUUGGAUUUAUAUUUAAUACACUGGCCAGGAGCUGGGCGUAUUGAUGCRAAAAGCCCUGAAAAUUCUAAACUUCGUAAUUUAACUUGGAAGACUCUUAUGAAGUUGCACGACAAUGGCAAGGGUUCACUUAGGAAUAUUGGAGUAUCUAAUUAUACUGUAAAACAUAUAAAAGAAAUGUUAGCCGAUCCAACUAAUAUUGUUCCAGCUGUUAAUCAAGUUGAAUUCCAUCCAUAUUUUCAACAAUCUUCAGAGUUCCAUAACCUAUGCAGAAAUGCUAAAAUUGUUCUACAAGCAUAUUGUUCUAUGGGAGGAUCUGCUGGUAAAAAUUCAUUGUUAAAUGAUGAAGUAAUAAAUCGUAUUGCUAAAAAACAUUCCAUAAGUGCUGCACAAGUGUUAUUGAGAUGGGCUAUUCAAAGAAAUUAUGCUAUCAUACCAAAGUCAAUUACGGCAGAAAGAAUAAAAACAAAUUUUGAUAUUGACACUGAACUCACUAAGGAAGAUGUCGAUGAUAUUAAUAAUAUCAAGCACAAAGAAAAGUUUGCUUGGGAGCCUGAAGUUAUAGCUUGAUAUUAUGUAUAACUUUUUUCAAAAUUGUAAUUCAUAAUUUUAUGAACAACAUGUUGUAAUUUAGUAUAACACAAUUUUGGUUUUGCA